AGGUUGUGAUCAGAUCCAUGCAGAAGAACUCCAGCUGACAGACAUCCCGGUUUACAUCCCUGCAGCACAACCCUCACCAUGGAACUGCUGUCCGCUCUCCUGCUCCUCCUGGUUCUUCGAUUGAGAAGCUGUGCAGCUUCUCUCUUUCCUCACGACUGCAGCGACAUCUAUAAGCAGGACACAAUGCGACCCAGUGGAGUUUACACCAUCUAUCCCAUCGGACCCCUGUCUGGUAUCCAGGUUUUCUGUGACAUGAGCUCUUUGGGAGGACGGUGGACUGUGUUCCAGAGGAGGAUGGAUGGCUCUGUGAAUUUCUACAGGCCCUGGGCUUAUUACAAGAUGGGCUUUGGGAAUGCGGCUGGAGAGCACUGGCUUGGUCUGUGGAAUCUUUUCCACUUAAGUCAAAAGAAAAGGUUUGAGCUGCUGGUCAUCGUGGAGGAUUUUGAAGGACAUACGGUUUAUGCUCGUUACCACUGGUUCAGUGUUGGUCCGGAGUCUUUGGGGUACCCUCUCUAUGUGUCUGGAUUCAUUGACGGAGGGGCAGGAGACUCCCUGAGUUAUCACAACAGACAGAAGUUCUCCACCUUCGACAUAGACCUGGACAAUUAUCCAUUAAACUGUGCCAAAUUAUUCCUGGGGGGGUUCUGGUAUAACAACUGUCAGCGCACAAACCCAAACGGGGUUUAUCGCUGGGGGGCUGACGAUACCAUCAAUUCUGUGGGAGUGGAGUGGUCCACAUGGAAGGGCCAUAACUACUCACUGAAGGCCAUCAGCUUCAUGAUGCGUCCUGUUCAGUAAAGCUGCAGGACAAACGUCCUCUAGAAUAUCACAGGUUGAUGGUUCCUGUGAUCAAACUCAAUCAGAAAAUCACUGUUUUUUUUUUUUUCAAAUUAUUUUUCUUUUCUCUGCUGCAUUCUGAAAAUAAACAAGAAACAAACUGA